CCGCAGACUGCUCGCCAGCUUCCUCCCGGAUUGACAGACUUACAAAAACGACUGGCGAGAAGCAGCACAUCUAUCUGGACCCGGCCUAUUGACGAUGACCACAUUUUUCCUGGGUCCCCGAUAUGUACCUAGCUAAGCGGUCCUUUGUCAUAACCGCCUGUUCUCUCGCGCAGAAACUCGAUAAUGGCCUAAGGGCCUCUGUACUCGCGAUUCUCGACACUAUGAACCUAAGAAAGUGGAUCUCAGUGGAUUACAUGUAACCGAAGCGCAACGAAUAGUCGAUGAGAUACAUCGUGAAUGCGAACGGGUGGAUCUUCACGAUAUAGAUGUCGAAAUUAUGGAAGGAAGUUGGGCAUAGAGACGACCGACGAAAAUAACCAUGUCGUCUGGAAGUUUGGUAGGACCAGUCACUACACCUAUGUCAUAGCGUCUACUAUCCUGUCAAAGUAUCGAAGCAAUAGUAGUGUGAUUUCAGACGAGUGGAUGGUCAUAAACGACAAUGGAAGGUACAGAGAAAAUGUAGCCUUCUCUACAGUUGGAACUUGGGGGGAUUCCGGAUCAUUUGUCUGGGACUCUGACGGCUACGUUUCUGGCCUACUGUACAAGGCUUUGUUUCCUAGGUAACACCGAUCGAAGUGGUUCUCGAGGACACAAAACGAGUCUGCAAGGCAAAGGAGGUCCAGCUGGUGGUGAGUCCUGAGGAAACUGAUGUCUAGAGGAAGGGAGAAUAGAAGAGUGUCAGGGCACCAGCAUGUGGCCUCGCUUCAUGUAUAUACCUUAGCUUACAGUGACAGCACUCUGGAUUCUACAGACCUUCACACACAGACUCAAGGACCGUUACACAGAG